AUGGCAUCAAGAACUGCACUACCUUCGGUGACGACCAGGACGGUCCCACAGCCUGCCCCCAAUGGCAUGGGCAACGGCCUGUUUGCAACAGCCGACAUCAACCCCGGUGAAGAUGUUUUGCACAUCAAAACACCAUUUGUGGCGGUUCUUGAUUCCCCACGUUUAGAAGACACAUGUGCUGGCUGCUUCGGAAAGAGACAGAUGGAAACUGGAAAUGAGUUGAAGGCUUGCACGGGAUGUCGUGUCGUGAAGUAUUGUGAUCGUGUAUGUCAAUCUAAGGACUGGAAGUUUGCGCAUUCUCUUGAAUGUCCAAUCUUUAAAAAUGUCAAGCCUAUGGUGCUUCCCAACAAUGCCCGUGCUCUCCUUCGCAUAGUGCUGCGUACUGCGCGUAACAAGUACGAUUCUGAAGAGUUCAAGGUCUUUGGUGGUUUGGAGACUCACAUCAAUGAGAUCUCGGAGAGCCAGGGCCAGCUUGAUAGGAUUAAUCUGACGGCAAAGGCUGUCAAGAAUUACUCUGGGACGGACGUGGAUGAAGGAACUGUCGCUUCUUAUGCUGCCAAGCUGGAUCUCAACUCCUUCAAUCUUACCACCUCUAUGUAUGACCGCAUUGGCCUAUACAUGCAUCCAUAUGCCGGGUUGAUUAACCACAGCUGCGACUACAACUCCACCGUUGGAUUUGACGGUGAAGAGCUGUACGUCAAGGCUAUGCGUCCCAUCAAAAAGGGCGAGCAAAUAUUCAUAUCCUACAUUGACACCACAACACCCUAUGAUAUUCGCCGCAACGAACUGAAAGAGCGCUACUUCUUCGACUGCCAGUGCACAAAGUGCCAGAGGGGAGCGGAUACCAUUGAAGAUCGGUUCUUGUCUACACCCGAAGACAUGACGCCCUUAGAGACAGCAGAGCGUGAAGCCCUAGAGCUCAUGCAAAAAGCAACCGCAACCAGCACGGAGACAAAAGAGACAAUCGAAAAGUUGGAAGCUGCUAUGCACAAGCUCCAUGAAACCGCCCUAUGGCCCCUCACCCGUCAGCCAUAUGCUUCUCUCCGCGACAAACUAAUCAUAUCUCUUCUAACGGCUGGUAACUUUACCCGGGCAUUCAUCCACGCUGCCAUUCGAUACCUACGAAUUGAUCCUGCUGUCUAUGACAAGGCCCAUCCCAUCCGACACAUCCAUGCAUGGAGCCUGGUCAGACUUACAGUUUUCAUUUCCCAAGAGGGCUUCCAGCCUGACCCCAAAGACCCUGUCCAGAUUAAGGACUUCAACUUGAACUUUCACUACUUGAUUUGGUACAUUCUUGCUGAACUUACUAGCACUCAGGCGGAGAGUUGCACUGUGUCCAGCUUUAGGAAACUUGUUGGAAAUCAGUUUGUACAGGUUCACAAUGAGUUCAAGGCCAAUGGCCUUGACCCUACCCAUUCCUCUUCUCCUCUUCUCUUUCUCUCUUCUCUCCACACAUUCGCCUUCGUUUUUAUUGCCUACAAGGGCAAUUCGAUGCCGCAAACAACUGCCAAAAUGGCUACUUUUUCGGACCGCUGGUCCAUGGAGAAUGGACCUCCAAGCCCCGAGACUAUCAAUGAGGUUCGUGCUACCCCCGAGACCAGUAGAACCUCCCGCUACGGGGCCAGCCGUCGGGCUGCGACCCCCCGGAUUGCCGACCAUAGGACUCCGGUGAUUCCUCCCGGUUACCAGCAGAUCCCAGGGUACGAAGCCCACCGUCAGCGGCAGGAGGCUCGCGUACUCAUGGGAUCGAUUGCGGAGCGCCGGGGUAAGCCUACCCCCGCCCCAAUCCUGAUCUGUGGUGAUGCUCCGAGUCUUCUGUCGCGCGGACGACGUUGGUAA